UCCCGAAUUGCAAGGGAGGGCUGAGCACUUAUAAAAACUUGGGCAUCAACUUUCAGACAUGACAGAAACUCCUCUCGGCUGGGAUCGGAUGGUAACUGCAUAGAGCAGAGAAGCCAGUUCUCCUUUUCCAUCCCAGAGCACGUCAGGGCAAGAUACCAGAACCCCGGGAAGCAGAAGAAAUCGCAGUCGAUUUCACUUCCCUCUAUUCUCCACCUCACCCACUCUCUUUCCUCCCUGACGGCUGGCCUGAGAGAAUGCUGCCUCUCCUGCUCCUGCUCCUCUCUGUUCUGACCGUGGCUGCGCUGGGGCUCCCAGACUCCCCAGUUCCACAGUCUGGCGGCAGCCAAUGCAUCGAAGACGACUGCUAUGCUGUCUUCUGGAACCCAGAGAAGUUCGCUGGGGCGAACCAGGUCUGCCAGCAGCUCGGGGGCCACUUGAUGACUGUGCGCUCUUCAGUGGCCGCGGAUGUUAUCUCUUUGCUUGCUCAGGGAGCCCCUGAAAUCUCACCCCCAGACGGUCGCCUUUGGAUCGGGCUGCAGCUUGGGCAGAACUGCAGCCAGGAGCAGGAGGGUCAGCUGCGUGGGUUCAGAUGGGUCACGGGUGACAACAGCACCAGCUACAGUAAGUGGAAGCACAGUGGCCGUGGCGCCCUCUGCGGUCACCAGUGUGUUGUGGUCACUGGGGAUUCUCCAUCUGGCUCCAUGGAACUGGUCUGGGAGGAGCAUUCGUGUGACUUGGCCACCGAGGGCUUUCUCUGCGAGUAUAACUACCCCGGAUCCUGCAAGCCCCUCAACCUGGAACCCAGUAUCGGUGCAAGUGUCACCUACAGUACCCCUUUCGGGGGAAAGGGAGCUGACUUCCAGGCGCUACCCCUCAACAGCCACGCCUUGGUAGUGCCUCUUGGUUUGGACCUCGUUUGUAUGAAGGUCGAGGAGACCCCGCGCUGGGUCAAGGAAAGCUUGGGAGCCUGGGACUGCCGGGUGGAGAAGGGGGGCUGCUCGCAGAUCUGCAGACAGGACAGCGGGGAUCCUGAGUGUCUUUGCUCGCAAGGGACCCUUUCGAAGGCCGACCUGCGCUCCUGCCAGGCUGAGGGUGACUCGUGCACUCAUAGCCGCUGUCAUCAGUACUGCCAUCUCAGCCCAAACGCUCCAGGCGGCUACACUUGCAUGUGUGACUCGGGUUACUACCUGGACGAAGAUGGGCAUAGUUGCGUAGACGUCGAUGACUGUGCACUGGAGCCUAAUCCUUGCCCUCAGAAGUGCGAUAACACGCAGGGCGCCUUCAAAUGCGAGUGUAACCCGGGCUUCGAGCUGCUAGAUGGAGAGUGUGUGGAGCUACUCAAUCCUUGCUUCGGUAGCAAGUGCGAGCAUAAGUGUUUACCUUUGGAGGGGGGCACCUACCGCUGUGCCUGCGAAGAGGGCUUCGUGCCCAUUCCAGAUCAGCCCGACAGGUGCAUGCUGUUCUGCAACACCACUGCAUGCCCGGCCAAAUGCAACCCCUACAAUGCAGACGAUUGCAAGUGCCCGGAGGGCUAUAUUUUGGACGAGAACCAGAUGUGCAGUGACAUAGAUGAUUGUGCAGCCGGUGAAUGCCAUGGCGGUGAAUGCAACAACCUGCCCGGCAGUUUCCAAUGCAUCUGCGGGCCCAAGUAUAAACUCAGUGAGACAGGCCAGGAGUGUAUUUCCGAAGAUCUCACCCCCGUUGAUGGUGGUUCAGGAGAACUCCUGGACACCGAGACUCCAGCCACCACCACUUCCCCACCCACUGAAGGACCAGUCCAUUCGGUCGUGCUCAUAGGCAUCGCCAUCAGCAUCUUAUCCAUUAUCACAGUGCUCCUCGCCAUCGUCUGCCACUUAAGGAAAAAGCAGUGUGCAGCCCGGGCUGCUCUGGAUUACAAAUGCGCAGGCCCAGCCAAGGAAGAGGUCUUGCAGCAGGUGCGCACAGAGUCAGUCCCUCAGAAACUCUAAACCAGAUGCCUUAAGCUCCCCUCAAGCAUACAGUACCAAGGGGCCCAAGGACAGCUUCAGUCCCAGUGCAGAGCUGAGGGAGCUGAGUGAACACAGAUGAGUUUGAUGGUAUUAAUAACUACUUAAUCCCUUCUCUCCACUCUCAAUCCUCUGCUCUCUGCCACAUCACUCCCUCAGCACACAGCACCUUAACUUUUUUUUUCAGAUCUGGGGAGACAUUAUUGCCAGAAACUUCUUUCCCAGAUGUAAGGAUUAAUCAGGGGGUAUACGGAAGCCACAUUUAGCGAGUAGCUUGUAAAGACUUCUAACAGUGACCAGCCAUGGUGAACACUCUGAUCAUCACUGAGGAAGAUUGUAAGGUGUUAAUACAUAUUACCAAAUGACUUCUGACCAUAAUUCAGAGUCUUCAAAAGUGUACUCUUACUGUCUGUAGUCCUAAAUCUGCCACAUUUGGUUGGAUUAGGAUGAGUUUGGAAUUCCUUGAUGGUGAUUAGAAUAUUUAUUUUUUAAAGUAUCUAAGAUACUCUGCUUUCCUUUUCUGUUUCUUGCUUUCACUUUUUUUGUAAGAAAGACCCCUCUAGCUUUCUCUUCAUAAGUCUCAAACUAGAAUGGGAGCUCCUUUUAGGAUAUUAGAAAAAAAAUUACUUUAUCAUAUGACUUUAAGCUUUCUCUGUGAAUUUAUAUUAUCUGUAGCUCUCACAAAUGUGAAAUCAAGACUCCCAUUUGUUCAAAUAUCCUCUGCCCUUUACCAACCCUCCCUCACCUACUGAGAGCUAGGAUAACUUUUACCUCAACAAAUUCAGUCUUCAAACAGGAUGCCUUUCUGUCUUUUCAUAAGAAUCCUACUUUUAUCUCUCUCUGCUCAGGCUGUAAGUCUUGACCAAAUAAAUAAAUCAAUAACCACAGGGGGCAAAUAGGCAUUUUUUUCUUACCAAUUCUUGUAAAUUGUUACUCAAAUCAUUGACUUACAUGGACAGCAUAGGUUCAGUAAAGUUAAUAUGCACAAGGUAUUAAAUCACUUUGCUGAAUUGGAACAGAAAUAAACCGAAAUCUCAGUGUAUUUAUCUUGUUUUAGGAUUCUGAUGUGUAAUUGAAUUGGAAAGUCAACAUUAUUGUUUGAUUUUUUUGCAGCUUACCUUUUGCCUUAGUAUAAUGGUGAAAAUGUUGAGAGGGUUGCUCUAACAUGAUAAAAACUGAUGAGAGAAUGCAGGGAAGAGCAGUAUGAGAGCUGGAUUUGGGCUCAGGAAAGUUGGAGCUGAAUAACCCAUUUUUAUUGCAUAUCUCUGUGGAGGGAAAACUAAAGCUGAGGGCAUUUGUCAAAAGGUAAAAACAUUGACAAAGAAACCACAAAGCCCUGCUGUUGACAGAAAGCAUUUUUAAAGGGGGAUGGGGAAGAGGGAGAGUCAGGGGAGAGCCUAGAUCAUCAAAAGUAGAAGCCUUCAUUGAUCAGCUACCCAGAAGAACUAUAUUUAACCAUUUCAAAUUGCCUCUGUAGACUCAGCUUCUAAAUCUUUGGAAAUUCUCAAACAGAGAUCAAUAAGGAAAAAAAAUAAGUCAAGUCUGGGGCUUUAUUUUAAAGAAGGUGAGAAAGUUUUAUUUUCUAGGCUGUUUUUUUCUUAUAGAAAUGACCAGGUACAUAUAACUUGAGACUGCUAUGCCAGGUUGGAGAAUGUUUUUCGGUCCAGUUAAGCUAGGUUAAUGAAAUUGUUCUUCAGCUUUUGAAAAAGAGCAAAUGUGUUAUGCAAAGUACCUUUUUUUACAGUAAAGUUUUUCUCUACUGUUUUGUAAACUUGGCACAUUUGUAAAUAGUUAUUUAUUUAUUGGAAAUAAAAAAGAGAGUACAGGCAAAAGCCUGGCUCCUGAUUUUACUUGUAGAAAAUAAAAGUUUUACAACUGUUUAUGA